GAGUAUAACGGCGAAGCGCUUGCGAAGCACUGUCCGGAGGAAUGUACCGACAAGGUGCCACUCGCUGAGAUUGCCUCCGCCAAGGACGACGACCCGCGACUUGCCGCGGCCAAGGCCCAUUUGGACUGCUUCGCCGACAUGAUCGUCAAGGCAGAGGAGGCGAACGACGAGGCUGCCGUUGAGCGCUUGAAAAAGCUCAUGGCCGGUGAGCUUGCGACGGACAUCAGCAAAAUUGCGGUCAUCGAUGACGACACGAAUGAGUACGUCCAGGGCGAAAUUCUCGCAGGCAAAGAGGCUGCAGCCCAGGAGGUCCAGGAAAAUCUGAAGACGGAAACGGAAGCGGUCCUAUCUGCGAUGGAGAUCUCCGAUGAAACCAUUGAGGAGUACUCUGCAACAUUGGACAUGGUUGCGAAAACUUGCGGUGACGGGGAAGAAGCAAGCUCCAUCGCCAAAGACUCGGCAGACCUCCUCCACAGCACGCAGCAAGGGCACAAGACGGAGGCGGAAUUGUCCCAGAUCCAGCACGAGGAGCUCUAUCUGGACAAGCGAUGCACUGUCGAGAAGGUUGACGUUGACUUCUUCGUGAAGAAGAUGAAGGUCAAGUACGGCUCCGCAAAGUGCGGCAGCUCACUGAUGCAGACGUCCCACCAGAACUUGGCUGAUGAGCUGUCACACAAGCUGAAUCAGCAAGCAAAGCAGGUCCUCGCCCUUCACACCAAGGAGAACCAGCUAGGCCAUCGUUUUGUGAAGCACCUCAAGCUCGCCGUUGGCGGUGACCACUCCCAUCCGGAGCUCUCCGCUUUCUACGAGAACUUUGCAGAAGUUGCAAGGGGAAACCUGACGCAGGGUCAGCGGGCCCGGCUGCAGCAGUUGGACCAGCACCAUCGCUGGCAGCAAGUAAGGACCCAGGUGCGUUGUGGUGUGAAGGAGCAGACCAAGAGCGCCGAAAUUCUCAAGGACUACAAGCAGUGUGUCUGCGAUGGCGUGGAGUCUGUGAUGGUGUGCCAGAUGCAAAAUCAUCAGGCCUUGCAGAAGAACACGCAGCACAUCGGCCAGCAGAUCAAGCAAAACAAGGUGGCCCUGGCAAAGGAUGCCAAAGCUGUCAAAGAUCAGCUGGCGGAGCACGCGGACAUGGGCUUGAACACCUCUGUGGGAGGCACGCAUGUCGUCCAGGGUGCCUGGCUUGGUCCUUGCACCACGGCACCCAUUUCGGGAACCGUUUGUGUUGGGGCACACUGCCUGACACUUCCUCCUCCAAAAUACGACUCCAAGAAUGGCUUAUACAAAGAGAUGCAAGGCGCCAUUGGCAUGUUCAACUUCUGGCGCAACCUUCUUGGCGAACAUGGCCGAUCUCCCGUGCCAUGCAUUUCCGCAACGAUGACCACAUGCAUUGGAGUGAAGCCCGGAGACCCUUUGAAGCUGAAGUUCAGCAUCGGGGCGGCGAUUAAAGAUUGCGGCUCUGGCAGGGCGGUCAUGACCACUUUCAACCUGAACUUGGGUUUGAACUUGUGCAUUGGCAUUCCAGGUUUGUCGCACCUCCUGUCCCUCAUCGGCUAUGACUGUAUGACCCUAGCCAAUGCAAAGUACUAUCCAUUCAUCGGCAAGCUGACGGUGGGAGACAACAACGUUUUUGGCGAGUACUGGAUCAAUGGCGAGUACAAGUUCAUUGCAAAUUUCAACUUUGCAGUCCACGAUCUGACGAUGCCUGUGGUCCAGUAUUGCAACAUGAAAGGAACCGGGUGGUCGGGAUGGUUCAAGCAAACCAUGUACGCGUCCCUAUCCUUGUCAAAGGGUCAUGAUGGAGCCUGCAAAAUCGUGUGGGCGCCUUCUUGCUAUGAGACAGACAAGGAGCGCGCUUGCAUUGAUGAGUACAAGGCCGCAGUAGGCACGCACCAGACUUUCAACCUCAAGAUCAACGAGAUGUACCACGAGGCUUAUGACUGCUGGUGGGACUGGUGCAGUUACCGCUACAAGUGGAAGCUCUGGGGUGAUUACCAGUGGAAUGUGAGGUAG